AUGGCGCUCACCCUGGCUGCCAUUGACGAGCUCCGUCUCAACGUCUCCUUGAGUUCUGCCACCUCACAGUUCCCGGGGCGUUGGGAAGAACUGCGGGAUGCCACUCUCAGCGUCCUCCUGGUUCUGUUCCAUUUUUCACUUCUCCGCCUCUGGCGCUACUGGCGGUACCUUGCGGGCGGCAACGCCUCAUACGAAGCGGUUGCCGCGUCCCCGAAAAUCGCGGAGGACCCAGGUCCUCCGAAGGAGGUCCAAGAGACUUCUACGAGGGAAGAGAUCUUUUGCCAAAAAGUCUUGGCUGCUCAGCAACGGGGCCAUUUCUUGGGCACCGUUCAAAUCUUCCGGGACUUUCAGGAGGAGACGGUUCAAUUCAGCCAGGCUCCUUUACUGCUUCUGCGAAGCCUUCGACUGGCAGAUGAUGCCUCCGGACUUCGGGAUCUCUAUGAGGCCCAGUUUCACGUUAAGAAAAGUGAAUCAGAAGCAACAUAUGAGCCCUGA